CCCCCAGCUGUGCCCAUGGCUGGCCGCGGCCCCGGCGCCGAGCAGGGCUACAUCCGCACCGUGCUGGGCCAGCAGAUCCUGGGGGAGCUGGACAGCUCCAGCCUGGCGCUGCCCUCCGACGCCGGGCUCCGGCUCUCGGGCGGCCAGGCCGGGGAGGAGAAGGCGCUGCGGAUCCAGCGGCAGGUCCAGCAGACGCUGGCCAGGAAGAGACGGGGCUCGCUGCACAACGGCAGUUUGCACCGUGCAUCCAGUGUUCCAGAGCGUGUCUAUAACAUGGGGAUUACUGAAAAUGAUUUUGCACCAAGAAGUCCCUAUGGUUUCUCGUAUUAUCAGUCAAACCAGGUGGCCUCACCAUCUUCUUAUACAAAUGGCUGGGGGACAAGGAUUACUUACAGAACAAUGGAAGAGAGAGCUCAAAGACAGCCUCUGAAGAGACUAGAGGUUUCACCCCAACAAGGUCCUGAAAGACUGGCAUAUGUGUCCAAUGAUUUUCACUAUGACGGAGGGAUUUCAACUGGAUUCUCCAUGAGAUACGGAGAUAGCAGGAGAUCCAGCGGGACUGUCCCACCAAGAUACGCUCGGUCUGAGAUUGUUGGUUACACUCUUCGUGAUUCAGUGAACAGGGGACGUUCUUUUAAGAGACAGUCCCACAUGGGGGCUAUUAAUGAUACUGUCUUUGAUGGUGUCUACCCCAGCCCCGCUGUACCUCUGUACCAUCAAGCAGGCAACAGUCGCAGUAUGACCAACCUUUUGGAAAAGGAGAACUUCCUGACCUCAGGCAAUGCAAUGGGACAAGUGAGAUCGCCAAUUGUGUCCCAUUUGGGGUCUCAGAACCGGCAAUCUUUGAGGUCCAGCUGGUACCAGACUACUUUCAGGAGCACACAGAAUAGGAGGGAAGCUUCCCAGCCAGCUUCAAUAGCCAGCGUUGCCGCAGAAACAGAUGGGAAGAGGAUGGCUUUGACAGCUGCUAUGGCAGCAGCAGGAAGGAAUGGUUUCCUGCAGAGUGAACAAGUCACCGUCAAUGGAUCUCAGCUAGGGAGCCCAGAAGGGGAGAUGACUCUGGAGCGUGCAGUGAGCAUACUGAAGAGUGAAAAUACACAGUCCACACCUAGGAUUCUUGCUGCAGUGACUUUCAUACAGCAUGAGUGCUUCCAGAAAGCAGAUGCCAGAAGAAAAGUUUUCUCACUUGGUGGUAUCUCCAGACUUUUACAGCUUCUUGAUGUUCAGAACGAGGACAUUCAGCGGGCAGCAUGUGGUGCUCUGAGAAACUUGGUAUAUGAGGAUAAUGACAACAAACUGGAAGUGUCAGAGCAGAAAGGGAUCCCACUCUUGCUCCGCCUGCUCCGCCACACCAAGGAUAUAGAGACUAAAAAGCAAAUAACAGGUUUGUUGUGGAAUUUGUCUUCCAAUGACCAACUGAAGCACCUGCUGAUUAGAGAAGCCCUGCCAACGCUGACUGAAGCUGUUCUCAUCCCUUACUCGGGCUGGCCAGAUCGAGAUUACCCAAAGUCAAGUGUUUUACCUGACCCUGAUAUCUUCUACAAUGCCACAGGAUGCUUGAGAAACAUGAGCUCAGCUGGCCCAGAAGGAAGGAAAAAGAUGAGAGAAUGCGACGGCUUGAUUGAUUCUCUUGUGUAUUAUAUUCAAGGAACUAUUGCAGACCACGAACCUAAUGACAAGGCCACAGAAAACUGUGUGUGCAUUCUUCACAAUCUUUCCUACCAGCUAGAGACAGAGCUCCCUGAGAGCUAUGUCCAGAGCAUAUAUAUGCAAAGAAGAAAUAUUUCUAGCAAUGAUAAAACACCAGGCUGUUUUGGAACACGGAGCAGAAAAGUAAAAGAGAAGCAGCAGGACACCCCGCUUCCUGAGGAAAAGAGCAGUCCCAGAGGUAUUGAAUCACUCUGGCAUUCCACACUGAUUAGGAUAUAUAUCUCCUUAAUAGCAAAGAGUACCAGAAAUUAUACCCAAGAAGCAUCCCUUGGAGCUCUUCAAAACCUCACAGCUGGCACUGGACCAAUGCCGUUUGCGGUGGCCCGGACUGUUGUUCAGAAGGCAAAUGGCCUUCCAAGUAUUCGAAAUAUGCUGCAUGUGAGCCAUCCAACAGUAAAGAAGACAGCAGUCUCACUGCUCAGGAACUUGUCUCGCAACACCUCUCUGCAAAGUGAUAUAGCUAGAGAAGUUUUGCCUGAUUUGGUCUCGAUACUUCCCGAGUCUGCCCCAGGGUCUGAUAUUGUCUGUGAAACCACAGCAUCCAUCUGCUACACCUUGUACAAUUUGACACAGAGCAAUUCACACAAUGCACGACUUCUCCUGAGUGCCGAUGGCCUACCAAAGAUUAUUACCAUCAGCAUGAAUGACAGUAGUAUGUUCAGCAAAGCUAGUCGGGCGGCCUCAGUCCUCCUCUACUCCUUGUGGUCACAUACUGAUCUCCACAGUGUGUACAAAAAGGCUGACUUUAAGAAGGCAGAUUUCAUCAAUACCCGGACCACAAAAGCCUAUAACUCACUGAAAGAUUGAAUCAGAGCAUAAGAGCACUGAAGAAAAAUGAGAUCAUACAUCAAUUAAUGUAACUAUCUCCACAUGGUUGGUGUUGCCAUCAUGAACCAGCAAGUAUCUCGGAAGAAAGAGGCUGAUUUCAUAUAGGACUUGAGUGACCAGAGGAUAGCUGGUUUAUUUUUUAAUCCUAAUUACCUUGUUGCCACCGUAUGUAUCAGUUUAAGAAGCUUAUAUCAAUACAAGAAUAACCAAAGAUGGAUUCUUCAGGAUGUCUGAAGUGAAAUUUCAUCCAGGUUGACCUGAAAGUCAGAGCUUCAGAUGGCUGCCUUAAGUAUAACAGGCAUUUAUACAGAGAGGUUUAAAAUGCUGAUCAGCAGCAAAUUCUUUUCAGACUCUUUUAUACAGAUAGUUUUCUACAGUGGAUAAGCAUCAAGUGCACUGCUCAAGACAUAGUAAUUUUUCACCCUUUUGUUUCUUCCCACAUGCUAAAUAAGAAUAUCUCAAGACUCUGUGACUAUACACAAGAAACUGUUUCACUACCUGCAUUAUAAAAUCACCAAUGAAGUUAAAAUUAUUGGUUUUGUAUUGCUUGUGUUCCUGUGCUCACUGGUUCUUAAGCCUCUUUCCUUUGAGAUUUCAUCAGCAACAGCACUAAAACUGAUUUUACAUAGGUCUUACCAUCCCUUGCUCCUUUCAUCCUCCCUCACAUGGCUGCUGGAAUUUGUAACUGUGUCCAGAAAAGAUUUUAUCUGGAACCACUAUGUGUCAGACACUUUGGGCUGAACUAAGACCCAUCAUUCUUUGCUAAUUGGUAGAAGAGUUAUUUGCUGGUGAUUCAGUGAUUGUUUUAAGAAAAUUGCAUUUUUAAACUGGUUCUGUUGAUAAUCUAUAUAUAGUAAAGGGAAUGGAGUCUUUAUUUUUGAAGUAAUAGACAGGCACACACAGGAUUCUGGUUAGACUCUGUGUUGCUUAAGGAAUUCCUCUGAUUCUGCUUAGAGUUCUCUUACUUUAAAUCAUCCAGCUCCCUACAGCAAUUACAUGCAAUGUGAUAACUGAGGGACUGUGUUCUGCACAUGUGGGAAUAGGUAACAGGAGAAAAAUUCCUAAGCACCUAAAGGCUCUUCCCAUUGUAUGAUACUCAGAGAGGGAGAAGAAGCCCUGAAAAAUCCCACCUAAUACCUUUAGUAAGUGAGAUUUAUCUCAACAAACGAGUAGUUAAAUUGUCCAUUAAACAAUAAAACAUUCAUAUAUAAAUGUGGAAAGCUCUGUGGAUUGGACUAUCAGCUGACAUGAUGUGGCAUCAGCUGCUGAAACCAGUGGAGCCACGCUACAUUUAUGGCAACAGGGAUUUUGGUACGUGUACUCUUAAGCCUUCCGGCACAAAUGGAGCCCAUGCUGUACCCCCACCCUGAACUGCUGGCACAGGAGCUAUUACAGCUGUUCUUGUACAGAAAGAGAUGCAUAAUCCUUCAAGUAGGGACCUCACAGAAGAGAUCAUCAGGCCUCUUCACUUCAACACUCCUGGCCAAAGGUCUAGCUCCUACCAGACAUUUACAACCAGUAGAUUUUGACAUUGCACUGUGUCUAAACAUAUUUCUGGAUCUCGAGGAGCGAAAUUCUGCUGGUAGAUACACAUAGUUCUCAUGGAGUUCCCAGGAAGUUCCACAUGCCCAUGCAGAACAGAACAUAUCCUGAAAGAUUUAAGCAAACAACACUGCUUUCUCAUCAGAGAUCAUUUUCAUAGUCUAUUCAUCCUCUGCAUUUGUUUUGAAUAACUCAAAUGCAUUCCAGUAGGAGGUUUUCAAAAUACUGUUGUUUUUUAAGAGGUCAUUUUCAAAAUACUCCAGGUCCAAAAACAACACAAGGGAAGCGAACUUAAAGCACCGCAUGUUGAGGA